UGGCUUCCCUUUCUCCUGCUAGUUUCGUGAGUCUGGUGGCUGUUACUAGGAAGUGACGUAUUGCGUGAGGCGGAGGUGACGUGGGGCGCGCAGGCUCGGGCCGGUGGGAGGGGUUUGGACAAGAUGGCUGGAUCCACAGUUAAAGUCCCUCGUAAUUUUCGCUUGUUGGAAGAACUUGAAGAAGGUCAAAAAGGAGUAGGCGACGGUACAGUAAGCUGGGGCCUUGAAGAUGAUGAAGAUAUGACACUUACAAGGUGGACAGGCAUGAUUAUUGGACCACCAAGGGUCAGUACAACAAACUAUGAAAACAGAAUAUACAGUCUGAAAGUAGAGUGUGGACCUAAAUACCCAGAAGCACCUCCAACAGUUAGAUUUGUAACUAAAAUUAAUAUGAAUGGAAUAAAUAAUUCCAAUGGAAUGGUGGAUACACGGAGCAUACCAGUGUUAGCAAAAUGGCAAAAUUCUUAUAGCAUUAAAGUUGUACUUCAAGAGCUAAGACGUCUAAUGAUGUCCAAAGAAAAUAUGAAGCUUCCACAACCUCCAGAAGGACAAACUUACAGCAAUUAAUUUUAGCUGAUUCUCAAACUUCUGUCUUAAAACAACCACCUUCAUAUUAAUGUCUUGAUUAAAUCUCACAAUGCAAACCACCCACACAUUAAAAUAAUUUCAGCUGGUAUACAUGACCUGGACAUUUGUAAGAAUAUAUAUAAUAUAUGUACGCCCAGUAUGUUUUUAGGCACUAUGGGAGGGAAAAAAAGGCAGCACAAUUUAUUUUUUUCUCUUAUCAAGACACUGUCAUUUAAGCAUAAGCCUGAAGUAGCUUAAAAUUGAAAUUCAGGUUUUACAAGAUGAAAGCAUGACAGAAAGUGUCAGAUUGCUGUGGAUUAAUGUAUGUUUCAGAAAAUUAAUCUCUCAAGAAGAAAAAUUAUAAAUGGCAUGCUUUAUCCAUCUGGCUUAGUUAAAAGAGCUGCAGUUAAAAUUGUUUUAAAGUAGCAGGUAAAGUGAAUACUGUUGCUCAUCUUGUUUAAUUUUUGCUAAGGUGUGGGUGCCGACUACUAUUAGUGUCACAAAGUAUGUUCAGGAUUGUUUUGAUACCUGUAUUUAUAAAAGGGGGGAAUGGAUUCUGUUAAGCGGCUCCUGUGUGUUACAUGUAAUGGACAUGGCAAAUAUUUGUUUACAGUCUUUGUUCUAAUAAACAAUGCAUUUAAGUUUUAGUGAAACAAACAAAGGAAAUAGGUGUAUGGAUAUGUGAUUGAGAUUAAAGUUAGUCUUAAAAUGUAAAUAAAAUGUGGAAAGUAUCCUCUGAA